UUAUCGACAAUAUUUCUCGUUGUUAAAUGAUUAUAAAUUGCUUCUAUUUAUAUCUUUGCUAUAAGAGAGCGCAAUUACUGAAUGGUGACAUGGAAAGUAAUUGAAAAAAUAAAUAUUCAAAACAAUAACUAUGUUCUCUAUGUUUUAUAUUUGUAAACAUUCUUCAUAGAAUUUCAAAUGUCAAAAAUGUUGAGGAUGUAGUUUUUUACCGCUUAACAUAAAUAAUCUGAGGAACAAAGAAACUUAUAUACAUUCAGAUUACAAUAGGUGGUGAUUCAUUGGUUUGAUUGCAGUUAUUAGAGUAUAAAGAUAGCUUUAGUGUUAAAGUACCAACAUGUCUUUGUCUGGUGGUUCAGGAAGUCCUAGCAAGGAAUCAAUUAGCACUAAUAGUAGUAUAGAAACAAAUGGAAACUUGCCCAGAGAUUCAAGUCGAUUUUCUCUUUUCUCAGCCGGUUCUUCAACAUCUCAUGAAGAACCUUACCAAUGUAAAGGUCAUGCCGAACACAGUUUGUCUUGUAUGCAAAGUUAUUUGCAAUCUGGAAAAUUGUGUGAUGUCACUUUGAUUGCUGGAAAUAAUGGAAAGAGAGUUCAAGCACAUAGGUUGGUGCUCUCUGCUGCUAGUGAAUAUUUUGCUGUUAUGUUUACUGGAAACCUGAGAGAAGCAGGUGAAUCUGAGAUAACACUGGGAGAAGUAAAUGGUGAUAUUCUACAAUCAGUUGUAAAUUAUUGCUAUACAGGAACAAUUGAAAUAAGGGAGGAUAACGUUGAGUCUCUGUUAUCUACUGCAUGCUUGAUGCAAUUGAAUAAAGUUGUUGAAGCUUGUUCUAGUUUCUUAGCCAAUCAAUUACAUCCUAGUAACUGCUUUGGUAUCGCUUUGUUUGCUGAGCAUUUGCAUUGCCCCACUCUGUUACAGACAGCUAGAGCCUAUAUCAGUGAAUACUUCAUGCAGGUUGUUCAAAAUCAAGAAUUUCUCCAGCUAAGCCUCGACCAAAUGCUCAUUCUGUUGGCCAGGGAAGAUUUGAAUGUAAUUUCCGAAGAGUAUAUAUUUCACUCUGUCAUAAAUUGGGUCAAUCACGAUCAUGCAAAUCGAAAAUCUGACAUUGCUCAACUCUUAUCUUUCGUCAAACUACCCCUAUUGAGCCCCUCAUUUCUAACUGACAAUGUAGAACCUUAUGUUGGCGAAGAUUUGUCCAGUCACAAAUUGAUAAUGGAAGCUUACAGGUGGCAUUUGUUGCCCGAAAGAAGACUGCAGAUGGUCAACAGCAGAACAAAGCCAAGAAAAGCCACGCUUGGCAAAUUGUUGGUAGUGGGAGGUAUGGAUAAGUUCAAAGGUGGUACUGACAUCGAAGUUUACGAUCCCAGAUCAGACAAAUGGGAAAUUUUAUGUCCGACUACUGGCAGGAGGCUUCAGUUUGGGAUCGCUUUAAUGGGAGACAAAUUGCUGGUAGUAGGCGGUCGAGACGGGUUGAAAACAAUGAACUCAAUGGAAUGUUUGGAUCUUAAGACGUACACUUGGUCUCAAAUGCCACCGCUCAACACUCACAGACACGGAUUGGGCGUGGCCUUACUGGGCGGCACUUUGUAUGCAGUGGGUGGUCAUGAUGGGUGGAGUUAUUUGAAUACGGUUGAAAGGUGGGAUCCUACCUCUAGGACUUGGAGUUUCGUCGCCCCCAUGCAGACCCAAAGGUGUUCUGCUGGGGUCGCCGUUUUAGAUGGCAAGCUUUACGCAGUCGGAGGGAGAGAAUCGUCCUCUUGUUUGAAGUCCGUCGAGUGUUACGAUCCUCACACGAACAAGUGGACGAUGUGCGCACCUUUAACUCGAAGGAGGAGCGCCGUGGGCGUGGCCGUUGCUAAUGGCUACCUGUACGCUAUUGGCGGACAGGACCCGCCUUCGAGUAAUCCAUCUUAUGUGAGAUUCAGUUGCGUUGAACGGUAUGAUCCAAGCACCGACAGUUGGACAAUAAUUGCAUCCUUAUCAGGCAAAAGAGACGCAGUGGCGGCCUGUCUGUUCGGCAACUGUCUGGUAGCCGUAGGAGGCUACGACGGUGCUCACUAUCUGAACACCGUCGAACGAUACGAUCCGAUCACCAACGAAUGGACAUACUUGGCCCCUUUGAACAUGGGCAGAGCAGGAGCCUGCGUCGUCGCAGUCCCCAACAGAGAGGCCACCCAGACCAACGAAUAGUCGACGCAUUCAUGCCUCUUAGUGCGUAUCUUUUACAGGAGCAAGGUAGUUUUUGAUUAGGCCAAAAAGGGGUUGUCCAUGAGCUUUUGCGAUUUCGAUUCUUGUUUGAGAGUUUCUCGAUUUUUUCCAUAAGCGUUGAAAUGAUUUCUUGUGAUGUUAUCGAUUGAUUUUGAACUGAGAAUCGGGUGAUAUUUUAUACAUGGUUCAUUUAAGCAGCCUUGGUUUUUAACUUCGAUUUCUAUCGAUUUUAUAUUGUAUAAUUUUUGUCGACUUUCAGUUCUCGUUUUUUGGUAUUGCGCAGUGUUUACCUUGGAUGGGAGUACUGUUAGAGUUGAAAAAUAGUGAUAUGUUGAUAAAAAGUUGAUUAUUUCACUGCAUGCAAGUUGAUUUUUUAGAAUUUUUACAUAUUGUAUUCCCCUAUUUUAGAACUGAUAAUGGAUCUGUGUUAUUGGCUAUGUCUGCAUUUAUUUAUUAAAGGGAAGGGUUUCGUCACCCUUCUUAUAGUUUUCAGUGAUUACCGUUAAACGGAGUUGGUUGAAGGUAAAUUUAAGACGGUAUGGGAGUUUCCUGACUAGUAUUUCCAAAUUUAAUCAAUGUGAUAAGAAAUAUUAUCGAAUAAGUAGGUUUUAGUGGAGUUAGCGCUCAACCAAAAAAUUGUGUUAUUUGGAAUAUAAGGUUGUCUCUUGAUUGUUUGAGUCUUUGUGCUAAAAUGCUUUAUUGAAUUUCAAAUUGGCAACUUCGAAAUUGCUUCAUUUUUGGGAUUUUCUUCCUUGACAAUCAAUUUUAUCAGCUGAAAAACAUUUUUUGGGACAACCUUUGUUUCGAUAUAAUAUGCAAAAUGGGCAGUUCAUGUGGAGUCAAAUUAUUUGUUCACGCAACAAAAUGCCAAAUUUUCAAUGCAAUAAUUUUCCAAGUAUAGAAUAUACUAUUUAGGUGUUUUGAACAUCGUAAUGGUACAAGUAGUAUUGUUUUCUAAUAUUGUUAGUGGUUAUUCCAGAAUUAACAAUAAUUUCAUAUUCCACUGGAAAGACGCACUUUUCUACAGACAUUUCUUUUGAUAAUGUGUUGAAGUGAUAAAUUUGUAUUUCAUACAUAUAUCUAUCUUGUAAGAUCUCAUUUAUAGCUUCUGAGUAGCUCCAUCAGUAUUUUUAGUGGUUUAUAUUGUGAAUUGUAGCUUUAUUUUUGUGUAAAGCUGCAAUUUAUGAUGGCUUUAUUAUUAUACCCGAGUAUGUGAUAACACCAGGAGAACAUAUUGAUUCCCUUUGUAUUCUGACAAUUUUAUGUUAAUUGUCUAUUUUUAUUAUCUUACUUUUAGCUUUCAUUGAAAUUUCAAAUUUUUAUGAUAACAUCUUGAUUUUUUUUUUAAUCAGUAUUUCUUUCCACUAUUCAUUUUGAUCCUUAUCUAAGACUGAACCAUUUCAUGAUACUAUUUUUUUGAAGGGAAUUUUACAUAUUCUCUCAACUAGAUAUAAAAUUUUCACUGAUUAUAGAUAUAAUAGGCUUGAUUCAUUAGUUAUAUCAUUGAUUUUUCAAUAAAUAUUUUAUAAGUU